CUUGCGGAGAAUCAAGUUACUACGCCUUUAUUUUGAAAGGCGUGGCCCGGAUAUAGAUUAACGGAAAACACGCUUCCUCGGGAGUUUAUUUUUCUGUGUCCUAACUGAGAAGUGAGCUAUUUAUGUACACACUGCGAUGAAAAGUUGUAGGAAAAUAACAUGUAGUGACUGGAAAUCCGGCCUGAACACUAUCUACUCUUGGGUCAAACCACGGACAAAUUGCCGCUGGUGUCCGGUUACAGCAUCGUCCCUCAGCCGGGGCCAGGCCACCUUCGCCGAACAGUCUCAAAGCGCCGAGACAGGAGAGAAACCCCGACUGAGAGCGAUCGACCUGGCACGGAAGAUCCAGCAGGAGAAGGCGGCGACACAGGCGAAAGAGCCCCAGGUGUCCGGUCCGCAGAAGAGGGUGACGGAGCUGAAACGGAUCAGCCUGCAGCUACAAAACGUUCAUCCCAACGUGCUGGCCAAGCACCUCCACAAAAGCGUGCUGUACCAGGAUAAAGAUGUAGUUGUCAUCAACAAACCUUAUGGUGUACCUGUCCGAGAUGACUCUGGUGUCACGUCCAUCUCCUCUGUGCUUCCUGUUCUCUCCAAAAUGAUGGAUGGGAUGAAGAUUAAGUCUAGUUCUCAGCUGCUCCCCUGUCUGGGACUGGAGAAGGAGACAGCAGGAGCUCUCCUGCUGGCCAGGAGGGAAGAAGUAGUGGAGCACAUACUCAACCUUCACAGAAACAACCAAGUGCAGAGAAAGUACUGGGUCAUCACAGUUGGUGUACCUGUGCCAUCUGAAGGAGUGAUUGACAUUCCCAUGAGAGAGAGGGAGGUCACCGGCUCUCAGCCACACUAUAAGAUGGCUUUAAGCCCUGUGUUCAAAAUGAACAACGCAGGUGACGCCGUAACCAAAGUCCGAGCCCAUCGACAGGCUCAUCCAGCAGUGACUAAGUACAGAGUCCUGGACAGCAGCAGUGGUUGCAGCCUUGUUGAGCUCCAGCCCUUAACGAGUGUGAAGCACCAGGUUAGGGUUCACAUGGCAUUUGCUCUGACAUGCCCCAUUCUUGGUGACCACAAAUAUUCCCACUGGAGCAAACUAGCUCCCCAGAAAUUACCCGAACGUGUGCUGGGAAGGAUCGGACUGGAGCAGAGCAAGGUCCGGUAUCUUCCUCUUCAUUUGUUUGCUCGACAGCUGACGCUGCUAGGAAGCGGUGAAGCUGACAUCAGUGUGUCCUGUCCCAUGCCUAAAUACUUCAGACAAACACUGAAUCAACUGCAGUUAACUCCCCCUGACGAAAAUGACCCUGAAUAAUCUUUGCCAAGUUGCUAAAUGGGGGAACGUGGGUUGUGUGUACCAUUUAUAUUAAAUGGAAAAAUUAAAUUUGAUCAGGAUGGGUCAUUGUGAGGUUAUGUAAACUGAUGAAAGGAAAGACUGUAUCAAAUGACUGUUCAGUGGUUUACAACUCAUUUUAGUAAUAAACAGCAGAGAACUGUA